AAGCCGGGAGGGCCCGCGGUCGCGCCGCCUCAGCUCAGCGCCUGCUCGGAGCGCCGGCCCUAUGGCGGCGGCGAUGGCCGAGCAGGAGGGCGCCCGCAACGGCGCCCGCAACCGCGGCGGCGUCCAGCGUGUGGAGGGCAAGCUGCGCGCCAGCGUCGAGAAGGGCGACUACUACGAGGCCCACCAGAUGUACCGGACGCUCUUCUUCAGGUACAUGUCACAGGGCAAACACACAGAAGCCCGCGAGCUGAUGUACUCAGGGGCGCUGCUGUUCUUCAGCCACGGUCAGCAGAAUAGCGCUGCGGACCUGUCCAUGCUGGUCCUGGAGUCUCUGGAGAAGGCAGAGGUGGACGUGACCGACGAGCUGCUGGGAAACCUGGCCAAGCUGUUCAGUUUGAUGGAUCCCAACUCCCCAGAGCGAGUGGCGUUUGUGUCCCGAGCCCUGAAGUGGUCCGGGGGCGGGUCUGGGAAGCUGGGCCACCCCAGGCUACACCAGCUGCUGGCCCUCACCCUAUGGAAAGAACAAAACUAUUGUGAAUCUCGGUACCACUUCCUGCACUCUGCCGAUGGAGAGGGGUGCGCCAACAUGCUGGUGGAGUACUCGACGUCACGGGGCUUCCGCAGCGAGGUGGACAUGUUUGUGGCCCAGGCCGUGCUCCAAUUUCUCUGUUUAAAAAAUAAGAGCAGUGCGUCGGUGGUAUUCACAACAUACACACAGAAACAUCCGUCAAUCGAGAACGGACCUCCGUUUGUACAGCCCCUGCUUAACUUCAUCUGGUUUCUGCUGCUGGCUGUAGACGGAGGCAAACUGACCGUAUUUACAGUAUUGUGUGAGCAGUAUCAGCCGUCCCUCAGGAGAGACCCAAUGUACAAUGAGUACCUCGACAGAAUAGGACAGCUCUUCUUUGGUGUGCCACCCAAGCAGACGUCUUCCUAUGGAGGCUUGUUAGGGAACCUUCUGAGCAGCCUCAUGGGCUCCUCUGAGCAGGAGGAGGGCGAGGAGAGUCAGGAGGACAGCAGCCCCAUCGAGCUCGACUGAUGUGUCUGGACACGAUGGAGACGGCGACGCCUGGGCAGCUUCAGAAUGCGAGUCCUGCGACACAGCUUCCCUGAGGGCUCCUCAUCCUGAGGCUGGCGGGCUGCGUCCAGGAUCUGGUCUCCUGUUCGUGAGGUGGCCAGGCGACCUGGCUGCCUGUCGCUGUGCUGAUGGGACUUGGGGCGAGUCACGUGGCCCGCGGUGUCUCCGCCCUUCAGAUUGCUCCGUAAUAAAGCACAGGCCUUCCUACAACAGCGCCGCCCCGUCCUUUGUUUCAGCUUCCUGUGGGGUGGCACGGGAUGGCAUGGGACCUGUCCUCACGGUGACUCGGGGGGCUGCACAGCUCACCUAGCUCUCCUGGGCCGAGUGCGCCGUGGCACACAAGGAGGCAGCCCCGCGUCUCGCCACAAGAGCCAUUUUCUUUACCUUGUGUUGUUUUGAACUAGUUGGGCCGCCGUGCGAUCAUGAUGUAGCAUGUCCCGUCAUGAGCGUGAGCCGUGGGCCCUCAUCCCCCAUGGUCACCACGCCACUGCUGGGUGCUGUGUCCCUGUCCUCGUGCGGUCACCGUGCCGGUGGAGUUGCUGCUCCGGAAAGGCUAUUUCUUAAAAGGGAUCCUGCAUAACUCCACAUCUCUCGUGAUGCAAUAUUUAUUUUUAUUGGGUGAUUGAGUCCUUUGACCUAACAUUUUAGGUUUUAACCAAAUAACCGGUCCAGGAGUUAGCAUAUCCGCCUUUGUCACUGAGCUGUACCGUCACCAGUAUAAUCACAAAAGGGGAGACACUUUAUUUUUUCACAGUUAAAAAGUUGUAGAUUAAUAUGAAGUGAUCAUGCAUGGGAAGGGGGAGAUAUACGAUCUUAUUUACUGUAAAAAUGGAAUUUAAAGGAAGGUUUUGUGUUGUUGAGUUUAAAUAAAUACUUUAUACUGGGUUGUGCUUCUUUCUGAGUUUGCUCCUGAGGUUGGCUGGGUGGCCACAUCUUGGGGUGACACUGUGACCUCUUUCCUGGGGGGUGGGGGCUCUGCGGCUCUGACUCAUGCCCACCCCAGGGGGCAGCUGCCAAGCCUCCUGGGCUCCCUGGGGGUGUCUGAGCAAAUUCCCCGUGAGUAGAGCUUGUGCUGUGGCACCAAGCCCUUCCCUGGGCUUGCCCUGUGUGGAUGGAGACAUGGCAGCAAGGGGCCAACACUCAACUAUGAUGUUAAAAGAAAUGUGUGUCUAUGUGUUGUGAUUUUAUUUAGAUUUGGAAAAAUCCACUGGGUUAAGGGCGGCUGGAGCCUGUCAGUUUUAGGGGGAUCAGCCUGGGCGCAGUGGUCACAGCGCCCCCUGGUGGCUGGGUCAGCUCCUGCCUGCGGCCAGGAGCCAAGUGCUUUAAAUAACUGGAGCCGCUGGCUCUGGACUU